AUGGCGCGGGGACAGAGGCUGUUCAUCACUAUGUCCCGGGGAGCAGGACGGCCUCAGGGCACGCUGCGGGCUCUCGUCUUCCUCGGCGUCCUAGUGGGUAUGGUGGUGCCCUCGCCGGCCGGCACUCGCGCCAACAGCACGCUGCUGGCCUCCAGAGGCUGGGGCGCCCUGUUGUCCAGGUCCCGCGCUGGGCUGGCCGGAGAGAUCGCCGGGGUGAAUUGGGAGAGUGGCUAUCUGGUGGGCAUCAAGCGGCAGCGGAGGCUCUACUGCAACGUGGGCAUCGGCUUUCAUCUCCAGGUGCCUCCCGACGGCCGGGUCAGUGGAGUCCAUGAGGAGAGUCCCUACAGCCUGCUGGAAAUUUCCACAGUGGAGCGAGGCGUGGUGAGUCUCUUUGGAGUGAAAAGCGCCCUCUUCAUUGCCAUGAAUAGUAAAGGAAGACUGUACACGACGCCCAGCUUCCAAGAGGAAUGUAAGUUCAGAGAAACCCUCCUGCCCAACAACUACAACGCCUAUGAGUCCGACUUGUACCGUGGGACCUACAUUGCGCUGAGCAAGUACGGACGGGUGAAGAGGGGCAGCAAGGUGUCCCCGAUCAUGACCGUCACUCACUUCCUUCCCAGGAUAUGA